GCAAGUGCAAGUAGACUGCAGCAGACUGCAGUAGUUAUCAACGACACGUGCACAAAUUAAUUAUUGUAACCUUUAUUUUUCAAUUUUUAUAUUUAAAACAAGACUAAAAAUUUUUUAACAAUGAAGUUAAUUAUGGAUAAACAAAGUCGCAUAGCAAAUUUUAAAAUUAUUGAGCCCUCGGAAGAUAUUGAAACAAUAGAUGCUGAUGAUGAUGUUAGAUUAACAUUAAAAGAAUAUGAAAAAUAUAAAAGUCUUAUAGGAAGACCAUGUGAACAUCAAAUAAGUUCAAAAACUUUGAAGAAUUUUGCUAUAAAAGUUAAAAAUUCUAAAUUGACAAAACUUGAAAAACUACUGAUUAUUAAUAUAGCACCAGAAUCAUUAUCUGAAAUGCAAUGUCUUGUAGAAAAUUUAUCAGAUCGUUUCUCAGAGUCAGAGAUUAAUGAACUUUUGGAAAUUGUUAAAUAUUAUCUUAUCAAGUAUUCAUUAAUAGGUGGAAUUACAAAUACAAUAUUUUUAAUGAAAAAUAAAAUUAAACGUAAAUUAUCAUCAGUGAAAAAUAAUGUUAAUAAUAAAAUAUUAUUAGUCAAAGAUAAAACGACUAAAAUACUGAACAAAACUAAAAUAAAAAAAUCAUCAUAUGCUUAUUGUAAUCUUUGA